AUGGUGGAGAUUGCCGAUAUCAAAUACGGCGUUCUUAUGGAAAUGAUUCGUUUCAUUUAUGCCGGAAAGACAAAUGACAUCGAUGCACUCGCUGAUGAUCUGGCGGUUGCAGCGGACAAAUACGCAUUGGAUGGGUUGAAGAAUAUAUGCGAGAAGAGGAUGCUUAAAAUCUUGAACAUGGACAAUGUCAUCAAUUUUGUACAACUCGCCGACACAUUCCAAAUGGUUAAAUUGAAGAAGAAGGCGAUCGAAUUUAUCGUGAAAAAUGCGCUCUAUUGUGUCGGUAACAAACCGGAGUUCGGAUUGUUGCCUCAGGAUAUUGUAUUCGAAGUAUUUCAGUGUAUGGCAAACAAGUUGGCAUAA